UAACAUCUACUCUAACCGCUAAAAGCUUGCCGAAUGAGUAGAGGUGUUCACAUAGGAAUUUUGUUCAUUAAAAAUACAAUAAAAAUCCGAAAAUCAUACUUUUGGGGCAAAAAUUAGGGUUCGUUGAUCAUCAAUGGUGAAUUAAUUUGAAAUUGAACAGAGAGAGUGAUUGAGAGAGUGAGUGAGAUGAUUAUUAACAGUUUUGCGACUACGUUAUUAUUAAUUUCCACUUGAAAUUUGAUAACUGAAAUUCUCAAAUUCUGAUACUAAAAAUGGUGAUUUUUGGGUCAGCAAAAUUGAUUUCACGAGCUUUUUCUUCUCUCUCCUCAAAUCCAUUACGAAUUUGUAUUGUUGGAAGUGGACCUGCUGGAUUUUACACUGCUGACAAGAUGUUAAAAGCUCAUGAAAAAGCUCAAGUUGAUAUUUUGGAUCGAUUGCCAACUCCAUUUGGACUAGUUCGUACUGGUGUUGCUCCUGAUCAUCCUGAAACUAAGAUUGUGAUGAAUCAGUUUACUCGGGUUGCGAAAAAUGAUCGGUGCAUGUUCCUUGGGAAUGUGAAUCUUGGGUCAUCUGUGUCACUAAAGGAGCUUCGAAACCUAUAUCAUGUGGUAGUGCUUGCGUACGGUGCUGAAAGCGAUCGGGCUCUUGGUGUUCCUGGAGAGGAUUUGGAUGGGAUAUAUUCUGCUAGGGAGUUUGUUUGGUGGUACAAUGGACAUCCAGAUUGCAGGAACUUGGCUCCCGACUUGGAGAGUACAGAUACAGCUGUAAUUCUUGGCCAGGGUAAUGUAGCUCUUGAUGUUGCCAGAAUCCUUCUGAGACCCACAGCUGAACUGGCAAUAACUGAUAUUGCUAAUCAAGCGUUAUCUGCUUUGGAAAGGAGCUCAAUAAGGAAAGUGUAUUUGGUUGGAAGGCGUGGUCCAGUACAGGCAGCUUGUACUGCAAAAGAAUUGCGUGAAAUACUUGGGGUUAAAGAUUUGUACAUCAACAUUCAAGAAGCUGAUUUUCAGAAAAGCACAUUGGAUGAGGAAGAAAUGAGGACCAGUCGAAUUCAGAAAAGGGUGUAUGAAUUACUAUGUAAGGCAGCCACUUCAAAGUUUGUGAGUCCUGGUGCUGGUCAACGGGAGCUUCACUUUGUUUUCUUCCGGAAGCCAGAUAGAUUUCUGGAAUCAGAGAAAAGAGAUGGCCAUGUUGCUGCUGUUCACUUUGAGAAGACUACUCUUAAAGUGGACUCAGGCAGGCAGGUUGCAGCUGGGACCGGAGAGUUUGAGGACAUUGAAAGUAGGUAUGUACCUGUGUUGGUGCUGAAGAGUAUUGGCUACAAAUCUGUGCCAGUGGAUGGAUUGCCCUUCGAUUUGCACAGAGGCGUUGUUCCAAACUUAAGAGGGCGAGUUUUGAAAACUACUUCAGAUGAUCAUGUGCUGCUUGAGGAGGGUCUGUAUGUUUGUGGAUGGUUGAAGAGGGGACCAACAGGAAUCAUUGCAACAAAUCUGUACUGUGCGGAGGAAACUGUUGCCAGCAUUAUGGAGGACCUUACCCAGGGACCAUUAGCGUCAUCUUCAAGCUUGCCAAAGCCAGGUAGGGAGGGGCUUCUCGAGCUAUUAGAUGAUCGGAAAGUCACAGUCCUGCCAUUCAGUGCCUGGGAAAAGAUAGAUUCUGAAGAGAAGAGGCAGGGGAGUUUAAUACAAAAACCCAGAGAAAAAUUAUCGUCUUGGCAAGAACUACUGAAAGUUGGAUUGGAAUGAAUCAACGUCCAUCUCUCAGAUUCCCAGUUUCCUGGAUGGAGGCAAUGUAUUGAUUUCUUUCGACAUCGUUCAUACUGUUCUAUAGAACUACAUUUUUCAUAGCUAGUCAUCAGUUAUCCAGUAUACUGUAUACCACACCAACCUGCUAUCUCAAAAUUUUGAUAUAAGAGUGCCCAAACAGCUUGUAGAAUGUGAAAUCCUUUUAUUGACCAAGAAUUGAGUGUGUUGCGGUGUUGUCUAUUGGAGAAUUUUGCGCAACUCUACGAGCAAAUGUAUUAUCAACAUUUAAUCAUUUAAAAGGCAUCGUCCAAUCUAUGAUGAAAAACACCAGUGUCUUUUAAUGAA